AUGAAGCUUAUAUGUGACAAUCAGGUUGCGCCACAUAUUGCCUCAAAUUCAGUUUUCCAUGAAAGAACCAAACAUAUAGAGGUGGAUUGUCAUUUUAUUAGGCAAAAGAUUAAGUCCGGGUGCAUUGCCACCAGUUUCGUCGGUUCAAAUGACCAAUUGGCAGAUAUUCUUACUAAAUCCCUUAGAGGAGCUCGGAUUGAAUACAUUUACGGCAAGCUCGGAGCAUAUGACAUGUGUGCUUCAGGGAUCAACCCGAAGCAGGUCCUUGAAAUCCCACAUUUAUCUGAUUACUUCAGUCCGCUAACGGAAUUCAUGGCUUCUCUUCCUGAACAUGAAAAAGUAGUUCUUGUAGGUCAUAGCUUUAGUGGAUUCACCAUAUAUCAAGCCAUGGAAAGCUUUCCGGAAAAGAUUUCAGUUGCGGUAUUUGUCACUGCUCUAAUGCCUGGUCCAAAUCUCAAUGGAACCACACUCUUCAUCGAGAUUUCCAGUGGAACAGCAUCUCAAGAUAAUAUUGUUAUAUACGACAAUGGACCCAACAAUCCUCCUGCAACCUUGACCUUUGGUCCCAAGUACUUGGCAAGUUAUCUUUACCAGUUGAGCUUGAUUCAGGAUUUGCCACUGGCUACUAUAUUAGUAAGGCCAAUAUACUUGUGCAGCCUGGAAGACAUAUCAAAGGUGAUCGUUCUUUCAAGAAAAAGGAAUGAAUCAGUGAGGCGAGUUUUUGUCGUGGCUGCUGAAGAUAAAAGGAUGACUAAGAAAUUCCAGCUGAGUAUGAUUGAAAAGAAUCCACCAGAUGAAGUGAAAGAGAUCGCUCUGAUCACAUGGUCAUGA